UUCCCUGUUACCUCGGUUACCGGACGCUGCGGCCUGAAUAUGGGUCGCGUGAUGCUGCUCCUGCUCCUCGGGGUCGCCGUGGGGUCAGAGGUCAGAUUGGGGACCGGAGACAGCCGGGCUUCUGGCGCCGUGACGAUCUGCACCUGCGAUCUCUCCCCUGCGAUCUGCGACCUGAACUGCUGCUGCGACCCGGACUGCGAGAGCGGCGACCCCGCCAGCGUCUUCUCGUUCUGCCUGCCCGGGAGCGUCUCGGUGCGCUCGCAGGUCUGUCUGUACGGCUGGCUGCUUUUCCGCAGUAACUCCCCGUAUCCCACCGCCUUGAUCCCGGCGUCUCCCCCCCGGACCCCGGAGCUCUUCUGUGUCCUUCCUGUGGACCCCUCGCUGAAUUACUUCGUCGCCCCGCAGACUGUGGAUGCAACAAAUUUCUCCAAACUAGCAGACAAAUGGCGAGCGUUCUCCUUCUCUCCCCUCUCCAGCCCCGUCCCAACGUUCCCCGACUUCUACAAGGCCGAUGACCCUGUCCUGGCUGUCUCUCGGUCCGGCACCGUCGGGGUCCUGAUACAGCCAGCGCCGGUGGGGGCCCAAAACCUCUGCUCCGACAGCAACCCCGCAAGGUUCCUCCGCUCCAGCAACACCUCCUGCCAGCGAGAAAUCCGGAACCUGAGUGACAGCUGCCUGGCGGAUCCCUGGCUGAGUGCACGCCAUUAUUAUCAGAACAUCAGCGUGUUCCGGGUUCCAAAAGAUGUGAUAAACGGCACAGCUUUAAAGGUCGAGCUGACCGGGCCGGUGCCAGACAGCCCGACGCUGCAGGGAGGCCGGUGUCACAACGUGGUGUCUCAGGUGGUGUACACGGUGCUGUAUAACGGGACCCAGGGCAUCACUAACGUGUCCGUCCGAUUCGCCCUGGUCAACGCGUCCGGGGCCCGUCUGCAGCAGGAGUUCGAGGUCAACUACCAGGCGAGUUCACGAGACCGGACACGGACCCCGUGUGAUCUGCAGAACGUCUCGCAGGGGGUUCCUGGGGUUACCCCGGCGUCACCCGGAGAAAGGCAAACAUAUUAUUUCCAAAUAACUGGAUCUGUUUCUGCUCCGGCAUCCGGUCUCCGCAGGAGCGGAAACCCCGGCUACUUGGCGGGACUCCCCGUGCUGGCGGAUACCGGAUCUCUGAGCGCCCCGAGUCUGCAGGGAGACGGUUCGUGCUCUCGCCGGCCCGUGCAGUUUGGAGUGAACGCUCUGAGCGGCUGCUCUAUCAGGGGAGAAUUGGCGGAGACGUGCGAGAGCCUGCGCACCAGAGCAUACAACGUACUUCUUGGCGAGCCGUGGCCCCGGCAGCUGGGGGCCUUUGGAAACGGCAGCACCCUGCGGAUCCCGAUCAUCUAUGAAAACUGCACUGACCAGGCUGUAGGUGAUUGUAAAACCGGCUGCCUCCUCCCCGUCUUCCUGCGCACGCAGAUCCUGUGGGCCGAGGUCGGACUGCUGUCUAACCCACAAGCUCAGAUCCAGGGAGCUCGGUUUAGGUUCAGCUGCCGCGUCGUUUCGUGUCUCGAUGUCACCGUUCUUCGGAGCCAGGCCUCGUUCACAGACAUCACACGCCGCGGGCCUCCUCCUCGCUCACAUCCCGGCAUCACCGCCCGCGAACCCCUGGAUUUCUUCUACCCGUUCCGCACUAGCGGAUCCGCUCCGGCGUGCGCGGGUCCCGGCCCUGUCUUUGCUCUCUUGGUAUUGACUGUAAUGCUGUUUGUUUAGGGCAUGGAGACGCCCCGGCUGGCAGAGAGACUGUCCCAGCCCACGAUGAUGCCGCCUGGUCCUCCGCCCCGGGUCCGACCCUCAGGGUAAAGAGGUUUAUUUCCCUCCAGCGCAUCCAGCCCAUGAGGUAUAAUCCAAGCUUGUGACUUACAGGAAGUGAUGUCAUUACAGAGUAAAUUAGAAUCUCUCCCUCGUCCACUACCCACCCCCAGCGCUGGCCGAGCAGCAGUCGUGUCAAACUCUGACCACAACUCUCACCCCCAUCACUCUCAGCAUUCCUAUUAACACAGAAUGGGGUAGUGUAAGUCCUGAUUGCUCUACACAGCCGGUAACCCGAAAAAAAUGCCCAAUGAUGUUGAACUCGUGGCAGUUCGUUCACCCAAUGGGGGUUACGCUCGAUUUUUCUGCACUUUGUUUUAUUUUGUAUCGAUGUUUCAGUUUAAUGAAUAAAUUAAAUAUUUUUUAUA